AUGGCUAAGGGAUAUAAGUUAAAGGAGCUACUGCAGCGCCAAAAGGCUGUUGAAGGGGCAGAGAAGAAGGAAGUUUCGAAACAGAACAAGAGAUCUGCGAAAUCAAAGAGUGAGGAAGAUGCUCCAGUUACGGUGAGCAAGGAGGAUUUGAAGGCCAAGAAGGCAGCUGAGGCUGCAGCAGAGGCUGAGUCAGAAUCUGAGUCUGAGAAUGAAGCCAGUGGAGAGCCUGAGGAGUAUGAAAGCAAGGCUCUAUCGAGAAAAGAGAAGAGGAAGUUGAAGAAGCUGGCCAAGAAGCAAGAGCAGCCAGUUGAGGAGGCUGAGAGUGAAGAAGACGAGGAGGAAGAGAGUGAGGAGGAGCGUCUAGAUCUUGAGAAGCUAGCCAACAGUGAUUCUGAUUCUGAUGAUGAGGAAGAUGAGGAAGAGGAAGAGGAAGAGGAAGAGAAAAAGCAAGAAGAAGAAGAGGAGGAAGAAGAAGAAGAAGAGGAAGAUGUUCCACUAUCUGAUGUCGAAUUUGACGACGAUGCUGAUGUCGUCCCAUACCAAAAGACCACUGUUAACAAUAUCAAGGCCAUUAAGGACGCUCUAGAGCGUGUGCAGUUGCCAUGGGAAAAACACUCCUUCCAAGAACACCAAGCCGUCACCUCGCAGCUUCUAACGGAUGAGAAUAUCAAGGACAUCUACGACGACACGGAAAGAGAAUUAGCAUUUUACAAACAAUCCCUCGACGCCGUCGUGAUUGCUCGCGAGAAGCUAAAGAAACUAAAGGUGCCAUUCAAGAGACCUUUGGACUACUUCGCUGAAAUGGUCAAGAGUGACGAACACAUGGACAGAUUGAAGUCGAAACUUGUCAAGGAAGCCAGCGAAAAGAAGGCCCGUGAAGAAGCCAGGAAACAAAGAAACUUGAAGAAGUUCGGUAAGCAAGUGCAAGUAGCCACCCUACAACAACGUCAAAAGGAAAAGAGAGAAACUCUCGAUAAGAUCAAGGACUUGAAGAAGAAGAGAAAGCAUAACGAAAUUGGCGGAGACGACUUCGAUAUCGGUGUUGAAGAUGCUGCCGAGACUGAAACCAAACGUAAGCCAAACUUCAAGAGACAAGCCAAGAACUCCAAAUACGGUAUGGGAGGUAUGAAACGUUUCAAGAGAAAGAAUGACGCGCAAUCCUCAGCAGAAAUGCCUGAAUUCUCCACCAGAAAGAUGAAGGGUAAGGCCCCACGUCCAGGCAAGUCCAAGCGUUCCAGAAGACACUAA